AUGCCCAGGGUGUUGUAUUAUUACCCCCGAUACAAGCCGGUCCGUUCCCAUCAGCAGUACUCUGACUUCUGCCGCGUCAAGCCGCUCCUGAACCACCCCCAUCGCCAGUCCGAACAGUUGCUCGAGGUUGAUGAUCUGCAGUUUGACAACUACACUUCCGCAUAUCAAUACUGCCUCGAGCAUUACGACCACCAGGACGACCACUACGGUACUGUCGACGAGCCCGAUAUGUUGCCGGAAGAGGAUGAAUUCGAGCGAGGGGAGGAUGCUGGGGACAUCACCCUUGAGGAUUGGCAGGAGGUGGCCCGGCUGGUCCCCGACCUCCAACUUCCCGAAGAACCAGCCGACUUGCUUGGACGCCGAGACAUUGAUGCCGACACAUUGGUCGCUACUGGCACGAUCAGUUUGGUACCGGAGGUUACUGGGUGCAACUCCGUGGAGACGCUCCAGCAGCGGCAGGUAUACGACACGGUCAUGCGCCACUUCAGAGCCAAAAACGAGAACCAUCAGCCUCCGCCCCUUCGUCUACAGAUUGACGGAGGAGGUGGGACUGGAAAGUCGGGCAUCCACUACCUCGUGAUCGACGAGAAGAGCAUGCUGGGCCUUAAAACCCUCGCGUGGAUCGAUCAGCGCCUACGAGAGGUGUGUAAGCACGAGGGUGUGGGUGCGGAGAAGGCUGAGUCCUCAAAUGCCGGCAACUUGGCCAAGCGCUUGCCCUUGUGUGUUGGUUGCAGGGUGAUGCUAACGCGGAACUUGUGGGCGGACGUCGGGCUCGUCAACGGUGCGCAAGGCACAGUCUACGACAUAUCCUGGAAAGAAGGUGCUGACGUACUGCGAGACCCGCCCGAGGUCAUCAUGGUGGCCUUCGACGACUACGACGGCCCCGCCUUCACGAUGCCGAACGGGGAGCCGCUCCGCAGUGGAGAGAAGCUGGUUGUUCCCAUCCUCCGAGUGCGGCAGGACUUCAUGGUCGGCGCCAACUCAUGUUCAAGAGAGCAGUUCCCGCUGUUGGUCAGUUAUGCGAUCACCGUCCACAAGUCACAGGGCAUCACUCUCGACAAGGUUGUCUGCGAUAUCUCUGCGCCGGAGUUCGCUUCUGGUCUCUCCUACGUGGCCGUUUCCCGGGUGAAGACACUGGGUGGGCUAAUGUUUGAGAAGCCCUUCGACCACAACAGGAUCUAUCGCGAGACACCAUCACGAGCUAUGGGGUUGAAAUUGUCCGAUCACGCUAUCAGGCAACUGCAGGCGUUAGAUGCUGUGGCGGGGAAGGAUCCCUCAGAGGAGUCAAUAGGUAUAUAA